CAGCGGCGGGGCGCCGCCCGCCGCCGACGCGCCGGCGGAGAGGCCCGCGCCCCGGGCGCUCGCGCUCGGCGGCGGGGCGCCCAAGUGCCCGGCCUGCGCGAAGAGCGUCUACGCCGCAGAGGCGGGGGGCGGCCGACGUCAUGGCACGCGCUCUGCUUCUGCUGCAGGGCGUGCGGGAAGUCGCUGCGCGGCGGUCAGUACAGAGAGCACGACGGCUGGCCAUACUGUGAGGCCGACCACGGCAAGCUCUUCGGCCCAAAGGGCAUAGGGUUCGGCGGCACCAUGGGCGACACCGGCGUGGCCGCCCCCGCGGCGGCCGAGGCGCCGGAGGCGACCUGA